AAGUUCAGCCCACUUCCCGUCUUCAUUUUGGAAACAUGGGAAUGCAGGACCGUCCCACCGUCAGUCGGUUCUCCGUUUCCGUCAGAAAAGCUGCUCCGAAAAUGGCGAAAAUAAACCCGUGUUUCAGGAGGAUUUUCGUUUUUUUUAACGUCCUUUUUGCGAUAUUUGGGGCUGUGGCUCUGGGCCUGGGUUUGUUGGUUCAUAUCCAGCUGGAUGAGCAUGAAGACAAGUUUUCUGCAGUCAUCGUCUUGGUGGUUUUCGGAGCCGUCACCUUCGUCCUUGCUGUUCUGGGAGCUUAUGGCGCUCAGAAAGAGAACACGAAUGUGCUGAUCGCGUUUUUCGUCUUCAUGUGUGUGGGGACAAUUGUUCUUCUGCGCAUAGCCAUUGUAAUGGCGAUCUCACAUCAAGGGCUGACAUUGGUGAUCAAGGAGGAAUUUAACAAGGCUGUACCUCUGGAUGAAGCUAGUGGGGAUAUCAAGACCACCAUGGAUUAUAUUCAGAAGCAGGCCAAGUGUUGCGGACUCUUUAAUGGCCACCAGGACUGGGGAGACCAUGUUCCUGAAUCAUGUGAUUGUGGAAGUGACGAGACUGAGCAGUGUCACAAGAUCCACUCCAGAAACCCUUACAUGCAGGUACUUGGGGUGCAGAGCAAGAUGGUCUACUCAAAGUCAUGUGGCUCCAUGAUGAUGGAAUAUAUCAUUUUGGUGUUUGACGUCACCUUGGGUUUGCUGUUUGGAUUCGCGGCUUUGGCUCUUUUGGGAGGAGUGAUGUCACUCGCAAUGAUUAUCUGUAUCACUGCUAUUCCACGUCCCAAGAGCAUCAGCACUCCGCCCAUCUUCGCCAUCAGCCCUCAUCCACCAAAGUACUCUGAGCUCAUCGCAUCUGCCUAAUAAGAGCACUUUGCUCAUUUGCUUAAACAUUUAGCCCAAAGAGCUUUGCUGGUUGCUCCUAUGGAUUAUACUGAUUUGAUAAAUUGCACUUAUCUCUGACAUUAGCACCAUUUUAUUUGUUCAUGUUUCAUUUAUGGUAUUUUGUUUGCUCUACUGGAAAGCGUUGUAGGUCAGGCUCUCAAAUCAACUUUCAUUUCUUUGCUCUGAAACAUUUUCUUGAAAAGGGGAUUUUUUUUUUAGUUUAAAGCUUUACAUUUAUGGUUCAGUUUAAUAUAUAAUUUUUUCUGCUGUUGUACUGUUUGCAAAUGACCUUCUACUCAAGUGCAGUGGUCACCGACCCUGCUUCUGGAGAUCUGCCUUCCUGCAGACUUUAGCUGUAACCUUAACCAACCACUCCUGAUAUUAUUGCCUUCAGAACUCUUUCAACUUGAUUAGCUGAAUGAGCCCUGUCAGUUUUGGGUUGGAGUCUAAACCUGCAGGGAAAUAGAUCUCCAGGAGGAGCAGUGAUGUCCUUUGAGUCUAGCGUAUGAUAAACAAAGGUCAGGAGGGGUACUGGUCACGACAGGGGUAGAGGGCCAGAUUCCCGCACAGUGUGGCAGUUUUUGCUGCCCAAACACACCUGAUUUAACUUGGCACUUACUAAGUUUAGAAUAUGAAUGUAUUUCCUGCAGUGACCUUUUUUAUAAGUAUAUAUUUUCUAUCAGAGGAUGUGACUAAUAAAUAACGCAUGAGUAUUUCCUACAAUAAAUCUAACUAUAACCAUAA